AUUUCUUCUUCAUUCUGUGAUAAACUUGGUAUUUGGCUUCUCAGAAAACCAAAAAUUUCAGAGUCAAGAGAGACAAUCAAUCUGUCAUGAAGCUCUCUCAGAUCCAUGGGAGAUUAUUCCUACUCUAUUGAUGAUCUCAUUCGCUCUCUGGGAUCGCAAAUGCUCCUUCUCAAUUCCAGAUCGCUGCUCUUCUCUUCCGCAUGUACCCCUGCCACUGUACGUCCCAACCCUACCCCUAACAGAUCCAUGUUUUGCGGAUAAAAGACGGCUCCACCAAGUCUAUCUUGUAGCGGCAAAAGGCUCUCAUCUUCAGAUUUGAAAGAGAAACCCUAGACAUAGAAUUCUAACCUCCCACCCCCGUUCUCCGAUGAAAAGCACGAGCCGUUUGUUCACGAUCGGGCUCGUGACGGCAUGGUACUCGUCCAACAUCGGGGUUUUGUUGCUCAACAAGUACCUCCUCAGCAACUAUGGCUUCAAGUACCCUAUCUUCCUCACCAUGUGCCACAUGACUGCGUGUUCCUUGCUGAGCUAUAUCGCCAUCGCUUGGAUGAAGAUAGUCCCAAUGCAGACCAUCCGAUCCCGUGUUCAAUUACUGAAGAUCUCUGCUCUCAGUCUCAUUUUCUGUGCCUCCGUAGUUAGCGGUAAUGUCUCACUUCGAUACCUCCCGGUGUCAUUCAACCAGGCAGUUGGUGCCACUACCCCAUUCUUUACCGCCGUGUUCGCCUAUAUCAUGACGGUGAAGAGGGAAGCUUGGCUGACUUAUAUCACCCUCGUUCCUGUCGUCACAGGGGUCAUCAUUGCCAGCGGGGGUGAACCAAGUUUCCAUCUGUUUGGGUUUAUAAUGUGUAUUGGUGCUACUGCUGCAAGGGCACUCAAGUCAGUACUUCAAGGGAUCUUGCUGUCCUCUGAAGGAGAAAAGUUGAAUUCCAUGAACCUCCUUUUGUACAUGGCUCCAAUUGCUGUUGUGUUCCUUCUUCCUGCAACACUUUUGAUGGAGGAAAAUGUGGUUGGGAUCGCGCUAGCGCUUGCAAGGGAUGAUGUCAAGAUCAUUUGGUAUCUUCUCUUCAAUUCUGCACUUGCAUAUUUUGUGAAUUUGACAAAUUUCUUGGUCACCAAUCACACCAGUGCGCUGACUCUCCAGGUUCUUGGAAAUGCAAAGGGGGCUGUGGCAGUGGUGGUCUCAAUUUUGAUCUUCAGAAAUCCUGUUUCAGUGACUGGAAUGCUUGGUUACACGCUAACAGUCUUUGGAGUUGUCCUUUACAGUGAAGCCAAGAAAAGGAGCAAAUGAACCAAUCUGUCGUGCAGAAACAACAUACAAAAAUACGUUUUUGUUCUAAUUUGUCUGUUUUCUAUAAGAGGGCAGCAACAUGCUUCUUGGAGCGAUUUAUGCUAUUCAGCCGAUUCCAUAUAUAUAUUGCUCCCUCCAAAUUCUUUUGUCGGAGACCGGGGGAUAGGGUUUCCACCUGUAUCAACAGCGAUAGCCAGCCAGCAUAGGAAAGUGUAGGGAGAAUCUUAAUAAGGGGACUGACUACUGCUCUAUAUUGUCUUCCCGUCUUGGGGUAAUAGAGGAAUGUCUUGUAUUCUUUUGGGGACAGAAUUGGGUCCUCUUCUACCCAAUCAGUUUGUUUUGUUUUUUU